GGGGACUGAGCCUGUCCAAACCCAGCCCUCGCCUUGGCCCCUGCCGCAGAGGUGAAGUGUGUGACUGUGCAACUGUGUGUGAGACUCAGACAGGUGAGCACGCAAGGGAGGGGCAGAGCCUGCUGGACAUUCAUGCCUUUAUUCAAGACACAGUGCAGCCCUCUGUGGCUGGCCCGGUGCCAGGUUAUGCUGGCAACACAGGGUGACCGAGACAGUCCCAGGCCUGCCUGCACAGAGCUGCAGGCCUGGUGGGGGGGGGGUGGAGUUGGGCCCAUCCCUAGACAUUGAGAGUUCACAGGGAUAUAUAUCCCAGGGCAGAGUGGUCAGAGCUGGGAUUGAGAAAGCUUCAAGGGGCCGUGGGAGCCUAGUCGGGGAGGUCAGGGGAGGCUUCCUGGAGACGGGACCAUCUAAACUGAAAACAGAGCUCUGAUCCGUGUGGCUCGGUUUGUUGGAGUGUGGUCUGUAACUGAAGGGCGGUGGGUUCAAUCCCUGGACUGGGUGGGUACCACCCCAGGUCCAGGUGCUGACAGGGGGCGACCAAUGGAUGUUUCUCUCUCGUUCCCCUCCUCUCUCUCUCUAAAAAGCGAUAAAAAAAUUUUCUCCUCAGAUGGAAAUUUUUAAAAAGAAAUUAAGAAAUAUAUAUAAAUAGACUGAGGAGAGUAAGAAGUAUGAAUUGGGAAAGGCAGGGAAGAGCACUCCACACAAUGAGACCAGUGUGUGCGAAGGCCAAGAGGUAAGAAGAGGCUGCUUCUUUAAGUAACUGAAAGAAGCUAAGUGUGACUGGAGACUGGAGUGUAGAAAGUGGCCUGGCUGCGGGAAGAGCACGUCCCGGAAAGGUCUCUAAAGACUGCCUUGCACAGAGUCUUUCGACUUGAGGAGUUUGCACUUCAUCCUGAGGGUAUGAGGGGGUUAUAGUCGUGGGAGUGACCGAGUCAGACAGGCAAAUUAAUAAAGAUAUCCUAGGCCGAUGUAUGGAUAUGGACUAGAGAGGCGGAGGUCAGAAGCCCAGAAAGGACCCUGAUGGGAGAGGACAGGACUGGCCCAAGGCAGCACGGUAGGAAGAGGAGGAGGGAGCCGUGGGAGAGAUACUAAGUGUGGUUUCCGCAACCCCUGCCAUGGCCUCCCCACGAGGUUCUGGGAGCUCCACAUCCCUGAGCACAGUGGGCUCUGAGGGGGACCUGGCCCCGGGGCCCACCCCUGCCUGUACAGCCUCCAGGCCAGAGCCCCUUCCAGGACCCCCCAUCCGCCUGCAUCUGUCGCCUGUGGGGACCCCCGGGUCUGUGAAACCCUCAAGGCUGGAGCGUGUGGCCCGUGAGAUUGUGGAGACAGAGCGGGCCUAUGUCCGAGACCUCCGCAGCAUCGUAGAGGACUACCUGGGCCCCCUGCUGGAUGGCGGGGUCCUGGGGCUGAGUACAGAGCAGGUGGGCACGCUGUUUGCAAACAUCGAGGACAUCUACGAGUUCAGCAGCGAGCUCCUGGAGGAGCUGGAAGGCAGCAGCAGUGCAGGGGGCAUUGCGGAGUGCUUCGUGCAGAGGAGUGAGGAUUUUGACAUCUACACAUUGUACUGCAUGAACUACCCGAGCUCCCUGGCCCUGCUCCGGGAGCUCUCGCUGUCUCCACCAGCAGCCCUUUGGCUGCAGGAGCGCCAGGCCCAGCUCCACCACUCGCUGCCCCUGCAGAGCUUCCUGUUGAAACCUGUUCAGCGCAUCCUCAAGUACCAUCUGUUGCUACAGGAGCUAGGCAAGCAUUGGGCGGAGGGCCCUGACACGGGGGGCCGUGAGAUGGUGGAGGAGGCCAUUGUGUCCAUGACAGCGGUUGCCUGGUACAUCAACGACAUGAAGCGCAAGCAGGAGCAUGCUGCACGCCUCCAGGAAGUGCAGCGGCGGCUAGGUGGCUGGACCGGCCCGGAGCUCAGUGCUUUUGGGGAGCUGGUGCUGGAAGGCUCAUUCCGCGGUGGUGGAGGGGGCGGUCCCCGCCUUCGAGGGGGUGAGCGGCUGCUCUUUCUCUUCUCACGGAUGCUGCUUGUGGCCAAGCGCCGGGGGCCGGAAUACACCUACAAGGGUCACAUCUUUUGCUGCAACCUGAGUGUGAGCGAGAGUCCUCGUGACCCUCUAGGGUUCAAGGUGGCUGACCUGACCAUUCCCAAGCACAGGUACCUGCUCCAGGCCAAGAACCAAGAAGAGAAGAAGCUGUGGAUCCACUGUCUCCAGAGCCUCUUCUUUGAGAACCACCCUGCCUCCAUCCCGGCCAAGGCAAAACAAGUUCUCCUUGAAAGCAGCCUGUACUGUGCUCCUAAAAGUAAGCCUGUCCCAGAGCCCGUGACACUCCUACUUGGGUCUCCCCGACCUCGAGAUGCUAGAAGUUUUACCCCUGGACGAAGGAACACAGCCCCGUCUCCAGCCCCCUCCACUACGCGCCGUGGCCGCAGACAGUCCGAGCCAGUGAAGGACCCAUACGUCGUGUUGCCACAGCACACUAAGCCUGGACUCAAGCAUGCUGGCAGUGAGGGGGAGCUCUACCCUCCCUUAGAACCUCAGGGACGGGGCCCAGCUUCUGGACCCACUGAGGACUUGGAGGACACUGGACCUCCCGCGCUGGAUCCCUCUGGGACGUCAAUCACUGAAGAAAUCCUGGAACUGCUGAACCAAAGAGGCCUCCAGGAUGCGGGGUGCUCACUACAGCCACCCCCCAACGACAUUCCCAAGUUCCCAGGAGACUCCCAGGUGCCAGGUGAUGGCGAAAGCUUUGCAUUCCCAGCCCUGCCCAAUCAGGACUCUUCAGAGGAGGAGGAGGAAGAGCUGGAGAUGGAUGAACGGGGCCCUUCCCCACUCCACAUCCUAGAGGGACUCGGAAGUCCCAGUGCAGCUGAAGUUCCCGACAUUCCUGGCCUUACCAAAAACCCUGCUGUGCCCAACCUCCCUGAAAUGUCCAGCCUUUCUGAAAUUCCCCCACUUCCCCGCCUUCCCAGUCUCUCUGACAUUUCUAGUGUUUUUGAAAUGCCUUGCCUCCCAGCCAUACCCAGUGUUCCUGAGAUUGCUGCCUCCCUCCCCUGUGACGCCUGGCUGCAGGGCUCUCUGCGGGAACCGGGCGAGGCUCUAGCCACCAGGAGAGAACUGAUCUCUGGAGGCAGUUCUGGAGAACUGGGAGGGCCUUCCUCAGGCAGCCAAGCAGGGCAGGAGGAGGAGGAGGAGGAGGAAAAAGGGGUAUCGUUUCCUGAUUUCCGGCCCCAGGAUGGCACCCGAGAUGAGGGAUUCCAAGAUGAGCUGGAAUUCCGCUCUUGCUCAGAAAUCCGGAGUGCCUGGCAGGCUCUGGAGCAGGGGCAGUUGGCCCGGCCUGGUUUCCCAGAGCCGCUUCUGAUUCUGGAAGACUCUGAUCUGGGUAGAAGCAGCAGGAGUGGGAAGGCUGGCGUCCCCAUUGCGGAGCGGGCCGCGUCCCGCGUGCGAGAGCUGGCCCGGCUUUACAGUGAGCGGAUCCAGCAGAUGCAGCGGGCUGAGACCCGGGCAUCAGCUAAUGCCCCCCGCCGCCGGCCGCGGGCUCUGGCCCAACCCCAGCUGUUCCCUUGCCUGCCCCAGGAGCAGGCUGAGCCAGGGCCCCUGCCUGCCUUUGGACAUGUGCUGGUAUGUGAGCUGGCCUUCCCGCUGACCAUGGCCCAGGAGUCUGUCCCUCUGGGCCCUGCUGCCCAUGUUCAAGCUGCUGCACCCCUAUCUAAACAGGCAGGCAGCCUGGGUGGCCAGGGUCUAGAUGUCUCCAAUUGGCCUGAGCAAGACCAUCAGGGCAUCCAGAUUCCAGCUGCUACCACUUUGCCUGAGCAAGGCCUCUGGGUUCCAGCCACCACACCUUUGCCCGAGCAGGAAGACCUGCCACAUGUUCAGGUUCCGGCUGUUGGAGCUCCACCCGAUCAAGAAGGCCACCUGGAAAUGCAAGUUCCGGUUACCAGCCCUUUGCCUGAGCGUAGAGGCCACAAGGAUAUACAGCUUCCAGCUACCACUGCUUUCCCUCAGCAGGGAUGCCAGGUAGACAUCCAAGUUCCAACCACCCCAGCCUUGCCAAAGCAGGGAACUUGUUCUCAUGUCCCAGUUUUAGCCACCAGUCCUGUGCCCAAGCAAGAAGGCCACCUAGACUACCAGAGCCCAGACAACACCCCGUUAACAAAGCAAGGAGGUUCCAGGGAUGUUCAGUCCCCAGCCACUGCCGGCAGCCAAGCCAUCGACCCUUUGCUUCCGAGUGGAAGCAGUCUGGACCCUCGGAUCCCAGCCAACAACGCAAUGCCCUUGGAACAUGACCUCUCAGACAUUCAGCUUCCGGAUACCUCACCUUUGCCUACAUGUGGGGGCCACCUAGACUGUCGGGUCCCAGCCGGUGCUUCGUUGUCUUUGCCCCCGGACCUCCCAGACGUUCGGGCUCAGGCUGCCACAGGUUGGCCCCAGCCCCAAGGCAUCAUGGACACAAGGAUACAAGCAUCCCUGCCUUUGCCCAAGCAGGGGGGCCUGCCAGACCCUCAGGGUUCCACUGCUGUCCCUUUGCUUCAGGAGCAAAGCCUCACAGACCUCCAGGCCCCAAAACCUGCACCUCAGUUGGAGCAGAAGGGCCUCCCGGACAUCAGUGUUCCAGCUGCCACACCUCUGCCUGAGCAAGGAGGCUCUUGGGACACUCAAGGCCUGUCACCCACCCCUACACAAACCACUGUGAUUUUGUUCAAACCAGGAGGCCACUUAGCCUCUCACGUUGCCAGGUCAGAGUGUUCAGACUUGACUCCACCUCACAGUCCCCCACCCCCAACCCGUCAGCUCCUGGGCCCCAGUGCAGCGGCUCUGUCAAGAUACCUGGCAGCCUCGUACAUCAGCCAGAGCCUAGCUCGGCGUCAAGGGCCUGGGGGAGAGGCCCCCCCAACCUCCCGGGGUCCUUGGUCUUCUGCCCCCACGUCACGGGCACCUUCACCACCGCCCCAGCCCCAACCCCCACCGCCCCCGGCCAGGAAGCUCAGCUAUGCCACCACAGUGAACAUCCAAGUCGGGGGUGGCGGGCGGCUGCGGCCAGCCAAGGCCCAGGUCAGGUUGAACCACCCUGCUCUGCUGUCCUCCACCCAGGAAUCUGUGGGCCUUCGCAGAGUCCAGGGGGCUCCUGAUGCCCCUUUCCACAUGUGAGCUGGGAUAUCGGGCUUCUUGAAAAGCAAGGACUUCAACCACAUGCUGCAGACUCAGAACUUCACUGAAGUUGGCUUCAAACACUGAACACAAGCCUGAAACUGCCGCAGCUUCCUCCUCCUGGGGUCUGCUUUGCCAAAUGGGCCUUAUUACUUACCCUGAUUAACAGGGAUGGGAGAGGGGGUCAUUAAUAUUUUGUUAAUAUUAUGAAA